AUGACCUUUCUUCAUCUAUACUUUUCUCUCUCCUCUUGUCUUUUAAAAAAACAUCCUUGGGCUUCUUUGUUCUUGCUCCUCCUCAAUUUUUACUUUUUACUUCUUGUAUCUUUACAUAUUUUUUUUUUAUCGGCACAGGGGUGUUCUUUGCUUCAUGUUAUUUUCUUCCUUCUUCCUUCUUCUCUCUUUCCUCCUUCACUGAACAUAUUCAUUCGGAUCUUUUGUAUGCAUCGUGAUGUUCCAUUUAUCCACCUGUCAAGCCAUCAAAAUGUCAUCAACUUCUCCGACGAAUGCCGAGAGAAAACAAAUUGACCGAGCGAGAGCAUCAUAGCAUCAUGACAAACUCGCAGCCCAAGCAUUAAACCUUUUAUUUUAUUUAUUAUCUUUUUAUUCCUACCCCUUCCAUUUCUUGUACAGUACCAUGAUUCUUUUCUCGUUUCCAUUUAUUUCCCUUUCAUCUCGGCGGUUCACAUGAUAGCUUAAAAAAACAAUUAUAUUGUACGAUAAUAGGUGGCAUUCCCACAGUAUCAAUUAUUUUAUCCGUUUCUGCUA